UAUUGGUAAUUUUAGUUCACAUUCCAUUUCGUUUGCACUUUUCAUCACCUAUUCAAAAGUGUUCACAACUUUUACUGAGAUGGCGACUUUACCUAUUCUAUUUCUAAUAUUGUGUGUUUUUGCUUCGGAGGCAAAAAUAUUUCGUAACUUGCAUGCACCUCCCCCAAUAGAUGUUCCCGUCGGCAGAGCUACUGUUCCCGUGUGGGCUAACAUAACCCAGAGGGUUGAUCAUUUCAAUCCUGUGGAUAAAAGAACAUGGAAAAUGAGAUAUUUAUAUAAUGACGAGUGCUUUGUGAGUGGCGGUCCGAUAUUCAUAUAUCUCGGAGGUGAAUGGACCAUAACAACGGGAAGACUUAUGACCGGGCCAAUAUACGACAUGGCAUGUGAAAAUGGUGGAUACAUGUUCUAUACUGAACACAGAUAUUAUGGAGAAAGUCAGCCGACCAGUGAUUGGAGUUCUGAAAAUCUAAAGUACCUUUCGGCCGAUCAAGCUCUAGCUGACAUUGCUUACUUUAUCAAAUACCAAAAAGAAAACAUUCCAGCCUUACAAAAUAGUUCGGUAGUAGCAAUUGGAGGCUCUUAUUCUGCAACUCUUGCGACAUGGGUUCGUAUUAAAUAUCCCCAUUUCGUUGACAUUGCGUAUGCCUCCAGUGCUCCACUUAAUGCUAAAGAAGAUUUCUUUGGUAAGUUCAAUUAUUUGAUAAUAUAUUUAUUGUUUUACUUCAGAACUUGCCAACCCGUUAAUAAUACGCAACCCUCCCGUGCUUUCUUUUUCAACACAAUAGCAGAGGUAUUUGCAGGAUUAGUACAGUAUGCAAGACCUGGUGAAAUCGAAAGUGCUUGUUUCCAAAUCGAAAAUACGACAGGUUCUAAUGCAGAAAAGUUGGCUUCCUAUAUCAGAACAGAAUAUAUUGGUGAAUGCAUGGGAUUAUAUGAUGAGUUCUUACAAAUGUACACAUCUCCUAACAUAACUUCCGAUGAAUACCGCCAGUGGUACUAUCAAAUUUGCACAGAAUAUGGCUGGUUUCAAACGUCAACGUCCAAUAACCAACCUUUUGGUAGUACAUUUCCUUUAGAACUGUAUAAUCAAGUCUGCAAAGAUUUAUUCGGAGUGGAAUAUGAUGAAGAAGUAUUAAGUGUUGGUGUGGAAAGAACAAAUGCUUUAUAUGGAGCUGAUACUCCAGAAAUAUCUCGACUCAUUUCAGUACAUGGUAGCGUUGAUCCUUGGCAUCCGAUGGGAGUCUUGCGAGAUCUUCAUUCUACGGCACUUUCAUUUUUGGUUCAAGGUUCUUCUCACUGUGCCGAUCUCAGGUCCGCAUCAAAUAGUGAUUCAGAACAAAUCAGACAAACAAAACUCACAAUUCGGACAACAAUAGCGAGAUGGUUGGACGAAAUAAAAUAUGGUACAUCAUCUGGAAAUAGUUUACGAACAAGUGUAAUAACUAUUAUGGCUACUGUAAUUUGUUUCAUUUAUAAUUUCUAAUUUCUUACAUUCAUGUAAAACUGUCCUAGUACAUACAAUUGUGUAGUCUUGUGAUUAAUC